UUUACAGAAUGGAGCGGAGCAAGGAGAUUACUGACUGUAGCAAUGAUGUCACAGCUACAAGCUUUUUCCAACUGCAUCUUUUCGUCCUCUCCUGAUCCAGAUUGAUUUGAAAACAUAACGUUUUAAUGUUGAUAUUCUUUAUACAUGUCCUAUAUCACAAGAAAAAUGCUACAAGAAUACUUGCUUCUCCACACUGAGGUCCAGUUCUUUUUCACUUCCUCGCUCCUGUAAGCAGACCCUGCCUCCUCCUGGCGCGCGGGUCCUCCCUUGCUGCGGGAGAGGCGGGCCUUUGAGGAGGAGACCUCCGGACGGACGGAGCAGGAGUGUGCUGAAGUUUCUGCCCCUCGUCGAGAAGCCCCGACAUGGACCUGAAGCCGCUGCUGCUCCUCUUGUUCCAGCUGGGCUUCAGCUCCAGCUAUGAAGGGUCAGGACAUUAUGCCUAUGGAGACGAUGAGGACUGGUCUUCUCGUAGGUAUAAAGGAACCCCAUGGUGUGCGCCCAUUAAGUUGAAACACGGAGAUGUGAGCUGCCGCACGCCCCGAGGGGAACACUACAGGAACGUGAUGGGGACUCGAUGUAAAAUCCGCUGUAAUCGGGGAUACGAGACGCAAAGCUCGGAGGUGGUUUGUAUGGCAAACAAACACUGGUCCUCCAACUACGCCUGCAGAGAGGUCCGCUGUCCCAAACUGGAUAUGCCCAUCAACGGGGGCCACAAAUGCUCCGACGGCUCCUACUUCAACUCUCGCUGUGGCUUCUUCUGCUCCCCCGGAUUCACUUUGAAGGGUCAGAAGACGGCGACCUGCCAGUACAACAAGAUGUGGAGUUCUGCCGUUCCCACCUGCGUNGAUGUCGAUCCUCCUAAAAUAAAAUGUCCAGACCUGAAGGAUAAGUGGGCGGAGCCAGGAAAGCUGACAGCGAGGGUGACUUGGGACACACCUGAGGGAGUGGACACGGCCGACGGAAUCCUUACCGAUGUGACCUUAAAGGGAAAACCUCCAAAGUCGGACUUUCCGGAGGGUCUCCACAAGAUGUCCUACACCGUGUUCGACCGAGCCGGGAACAAAGGCUCCUGCCGCUUCAGCAUCAGAGUGCGAGUGCGGCGCUGCAGCCCUCUGUUCCCUCCUGACAACGGCUACAUGAAGUGCGACGGGGACGGAGACAACUAUGGCGCCACCUGUCAGUUCACCUGCACGGGCGGCUUCGAGCUGCAGGGCAGCUCGGCCCGAGUGUGUCAGUAUGGACUCACCUGGUCUGGCUCCGACACAACCUGUGCACCCAUGAACAUCAACGUGGGAGUGCGCUCCGCCGCCGCCCUGCUGGACCAGUUCUACGAGAAGCGGCGGCUCCUCAUUAUCUCCGCGCCGACGGCUGCCAAUCACAAUUACCGCUUCCAGAUGACUAACCUCCAGCACGCUCAGUGUGGACUGGACUUGAGACAUGUGACAGUUGUGGAGCUGGUCGGGAUUUACCCCUCGCAAGUAGGCCGCAUUCGUCACCGACUGCUCCCUCCAGGCCUGGCCCUGCAGCUCAGGUUGCUCCUCCGGAUUCCUCAGAGGUCGUUCCAAAUGGUGAUAAUAGACAAGCAGGGCAUAGACAAGCAGCGUUAUCCGUUCCCCAUCACAGCGGCUGAACUAUUCACCACCAUCGACACCUUCCCCCUCCGCAAGGACGAGAUGCUGCUGCAGCAGGAGGCGGGCCAGACCUGCCAGUCCUAGAGCCAGCUGGACUCUCGGCGCACCUCCGUGACCCGCCAAAACCUCUAACCCUUUCGUCGCCGCAGCAACCAAAAAUGAGCCCAGCUGUGUCCUCGUCCACACGUUCCCUAUCUGAACUUAUCUGUUCUGUGUCAGCAUGGAGGCAGCGCUCUGGAUGGCGGUUCUGGCUUUCAUAUUUGAUUGAUGGGUUUUUUUAUUUGAUUUUUUUAUACGUUUUAAGCAGAAACACGUUUUCAUAUUUGUAUAAAAGUCUGGAACACUUUGCUACUUUCUAUUAUUUAAUGUAUAAUAUAAAUAUAUAGUGCGCAUUUCAUCUGCGUGUCCAUAUCUGAGUCAGAUUAAAGGAGCAAAUUCCUA